AUGACUACGACCACGGUGACCGGCAUCGGAAGGCGCUCAUCCAUACGACAGCCAGAAAUUCAACCGCCAGCGAAAGCAUCCAAUUCCCAAGCGGUGACGAGCCCGAUAGAUCAAUUCCCACCAUUUGACGAGGGCCUCUACCAAAAGACAAGAGAGUCGGGAGAGCCCCAGUCGAAUCCCACAUCAAAACAUGAGCCGAGUGAUCAUUGGCAGCCGCGAAAGGCAGGCUAUCUACCUCGAGACUAUACCAAAGGACCAAUCCGACCUCCGAAACACAGAUCGAGGAAAAGCAUUAGCGAAGCCAUUACCACGAUUAGAACACGCAACGCCAGCGUUAGUGCCAAUGCUCAGGAAUUGGCUCAAGCGCUGCGAGCGCCGGUCUCGUAUCGAUUAAUAAUACUUUGCCUUAUAUGGUAUAUGACCUCUGCUACUACGAACACAUCUUCCAAAUCCAUUUUGAAUGCUCUUCCCAAACCGAUUACUCUCACGAUCAUACAAUUUGCAUUUGUCUCAGUAUGGUGUCUAUUGUUGGCAUAUCUGUCGGCAAUCUUCCCCUGGCUUAAGAACAAUGUUCCAGCUCUCAGGAAUGGCAUACGCUACCCGUCCCGGGAUGUUAUCGUAACAGCCUUGCCCUUGGCAAUUUUUCAAUUGGCUGGACAUAUACUCAGCUCAAUGGCUACUUCUCAGAUACCAGUAUCACUGGUUCACACCAUCAAAGGCCUCUCGCCCCUUUUUACCGUUUUAGCAUAUCGUGUGUUCUUUCGCAUCCGAUAUGCCAAAGCCACUUAUCUAUCGCUUGUUCCGUUGACCCUAGGUGUCAUGCUCGCCUGUUCUACUGGGUUUUCGACAAAUUUCUUUGGCAUCCUUUGCGCAUUACUGGCGGCAUUAGUUUUCGUCUCUCAAAAUAUCUUUUCCAAAAAGCUCUUCAAUGAAGCUUCCCGCGCAGAGUCGGAAACUCAGGCAAGCAGUCGAAAGAAGUUGGACAAACUAAAUCUCCUCUGCUAUUGCUCGGGACUCGCCUUCGUCCUCACGUUGCCAAUUUGGUUUAUCAGCGAAGGUUAUCGAUUGAUCUCAGAUCUCAUGCAAGAUGGCGCCAUCUCUUUAUCAGGGAAAAAUAACUCUUUGGAUCACGGUGCGCUCUUCGCGGAAUUCGUAUUCAAUGGAAUCUCACACUUUGCGCAAAAUAUUCUGGCGUUUAUUCUGCUAUCAAUGAUAUCCCCAGUGUCCUAUUCAGUUGCUUCUCUGGUCAAGAGAGUCUUCGUCAUCGUCGUCGCUAUCGUGUGGUUUGGCAGCUCCACAACUCGUUUACAAGCUUUCGGUAUCGCACUCACCUUCGUUGGGCUGUAUCUCUACGAUCGCAAUAGUCAUGAUGAUGUGGCAGACCGAAGAGCAAACGCCGAUCAUUUUCGCACCAAAGAAGCCAUUCUUCCCUUGAGUGUUCAAACAAAGAAAACGUGGGAUUCGAAUGGCUACGCCUUUCCGCCUUCGAGAACCGGUGAAACUCACUUUAUGGACAGCUCUGCUGCUUUGGCGGCGAAUUCGAAAAAGGAAGACGACGCAUUCGAUCAUGUUCGGCCAAGGGGAAGCAGCACGUCUAGGACAUGGCUACCACCUGGUACAAAACAAGAGUCAACUUGGCAGUCAGGCGACGCUUAG